CCCUCUUCUCUAUCAAUCACGCCCAGGUCUCCCAUCUUUUUUUUUUUUUUUUCUCUGCAGCCGCACCACUAGACCCAUAUUCCAUCCCCAUUUUUCCUUCCUCAAACACCAAAGCCGACCUCACCCACUUACCCUCUCUAUCUCUUCCUCUGGGCAACACAACCAAGAACCUCAUCACAAAUUUCUUUUCCUCACCAAGUUCCACCCUCUCUCACUUCUCAUUUAUUCUUCACCAUUCCUCAAUCAAAUUCCAUCAUUUUGUCAAGGAUCCGGGUUUAGGUAUAAGGGAGAGUAUAAUUCUAAGCUAGUCAUGCUCACUCUUUAGUGUAGUUGUGAUUAGUUUUGGUCUCUCUCUCUCCCUCUUUUCUUAACUCUCUUCUUGCUUUAAUUUCUUGUAUUGAUGAAUUUCUUUGUGGGUAUGUUGAUGGAUUGUGAGUAGUUUCUUAUUUGGGUCUAGGGCUAGAAGCCCUAGCAAUUUUUAUCAUGUAAUGACAUUAAUUUUUGGUGCUUAAUGAAAGUGUGAUGUGGUUUUUGUUUAUGACUUUGCGUAAUUUUCGAUGGGAAUUUGUUAUAAAAAUUGGCCAAAUUUAUGACUAGUUCUUGUCCUCAUCAUGAAAUUCAUUUAAUUAGUGGCUUAAUUUUUUGAAUGAGCAUGUUGUUGUGAGCAAAUUGUCAGUCUCUAAAAAUUGACUUAAUGCCAUUUUAUGCAUGUUAGGAGCCCUAGUCCGGUCUUAAUGUGUGUGAUAUGAGAAUGUGAAUGCCCUAGCCCGGAUUUACAUUAUUUUCGUACUAUGAGAAUGUGAAUGCCCUAGUCCGGAUUUGCAUUAUCACUCUAAGGCCCUAGUCCGGCUUAGAGUUAGGGAUUGCGCCAUUUCCCUUUUGUUGUGUGCCAAAAAAUUGUGUUGUUACGGUAAAUGAUUGCUAGAGUGGAUGCUUUAGUACCCAAAUUUUGUCCAUUGUUUUCCAAACCUUUAAAUUUCUAGCACUUUACUUUUUUGCAAAUUUUAAUUUUCUAGUUUUUAAUUUCCAAAACCAAAAAUUAAUUCCCCCAAAUAUUUGCUCACAUUUUUCAUUGUAAGUACCAUAAGGCCUUGAGCGUACCAAUUUAUUUUGGUGAGUUCUUGGCUACUUUUUGGCUUCGGGAGACCUAAGCCGUGCAUGUGUGAGACUUGGUGUUUCACUUAGCCAUUUUACUAUUUUUCCUUUUAGUUUAGCAAGUGACUUUUGUGACCCAUAAACCAUUGGAUUUGAGUUAGCUCAAGAUCCCCGAGGUACGAUAUUUCCGGGUUUAAAUAUUUCUCAAUUCUUUGAUGACCGUGUCCUUGUUGCGCGUAAGUUGCAUUUUAGGCAUCAAAUCAAAUGGCGCCGUUGCCGGGGAUUAGAGUGUAAUAUCUCUAAUCCCUUGGUUUUAGGUGGUUAGGUCACUUGCAUUAUUUUCUUAGUAGUAGUUAAAUUUUCUUUGUGUGUUUAGCCUAAAAAAAAAAAAAAAAAAAAUUUGGUGAUUGUCUGUUUUACUUUGCUUAUUUUUGUUACUUUUUACUGGUGUGAUUUGUUUGUUGAGACAUUGUGGUUAUUUCUAUCGAAGUGACGGGCCUUGUAUUACUUUGUAGUACAUGUAAGACAUGAGCAUCGAUAGCGAUCGUCACUUGCCUUGACUUGUUUGCUAGCUUUUUAUUACAUUUUCUAAUUAGUCGUUAGUUUCUUGAGUUGUUAGCUUUUCACUUAUUCUUUGCUUUAAUUUAUUUUAUUUUCUUGUUUAAUUGUUGUCUUAUCUUAUCUUGUUACAUCUCACAUUUAUUGUGAAGCGUGAAAUUGGAUUCAAGUUGCUUAUUUUGUGAAUUCUUGAGUAUUUCUUACGUGGUCAUAUUUUUGCGAGGUGCAUGAGUGAAGCUCCAAAGAGACAAAGAGGUCGUCCAAGAAAGCGAGCACCUCCUAGACCAAGAGUACAUCCAAGAAGCCUUUCACCGAGUCCAUUAAGAUCACAACCUACAAACACCAUGGGGGAGCAAAAGACAAUGAGGGAAUACACUAAUCCCACAAUUGUUGAUCAUCCUUCUUGUAUUGUGCUCCCUCCAUGUGAGCAUCAUUUUGAGAUCAAGCCAAGUACUUUGAGCAUUCUACCCGUAUUCCAUGGCAUGCCCUCAAAUAAUCCCUAUGAUCAUAUUGCGGAGUUUGAAGAAGUGUGUACUACCGUUCAACUACAUGGUCUAAAUUCCGAUGGUUUGAAGCUUAGAUUGUUCCCUUUCACACUCAAGGACUAUGCGAGGAAGUGGUUAAGUAAGUUGCCUCCUAGAUCCAUACGCACAUGGGUUGAGAUGCAAGAAAUUUUCUUGGGAAAAUAUUUUCCUCCUUCAAGAACUUCCAAUGUUAGAGAUGAGCUUGUUGCAUUCCAACAACUCCCACAAGAAAGUUUUAAUGAGUGUUGGGAGCGAUUCAAGGACUUGGAGAUGUCAUGUCCUCACCAUGGGUUAGAGAAGUGGUUCCUUGUGGACAAGUUCUAUAGAGGAUUGAUGCCGGAUCAAAGGCAAAGGGUUGACACUUUUAGUGGUGGAACUAUUGCAAGUAAACUCUCGGAUGCCGCUUGGGACACAUACGAGGAGCUUUCUCUCAACUCCCUUCAAUGGGAUGAUCUUGAUACAAGGAGAGUAUACCUAACCGAGGUGGUAUUUAUGAGGUUCAAGGGACAUCAACCGGGCUUUCUAUGCAUGAAUUCAAAAGGUUAGAAGGCAAGAUUAACCAAUUUCUAAAUCAAGUUAACCAGAACCCUCCUCAAGCACAAGUCAAGAUGGCGACUUCUACACCAUGUUUGCUUUGUGAGAGCCUAGCACAUUCCACUCAAGAGUGCCAUUUAUCUUCUCAAUAUCCGGAAUUUAUGGAGGAGCAUGUUAACCAAGUGGGUAGUUUUGUGCCAAGGAACCCAAGAAAUGAUCCAUACUCCAACACUUAUAACCCCGGUUGGAGAAAUCACCCCAAUUUUUCUUGGAAAGAUCAAGGUGGAGUUUCUAAUAUGCACCAAGGAGGAAAGCAAGGCUUUGGAGGCAACCAAGGCCAAGGAUCAUCCAAUUUCAUGCCCCAUGGCAAUGCGCACCAAGGAAACACUCAUUUUAUGCCUAUUUCUUCACGAGGGCAGCAAGCAUGUAUGCCUUAUUCUCAUGGUGAAGCCACUUUUUCACAAGGAUUUCAAGCUCCAAAUGUCUUUCUCGGGUUUACACAAGGUGUUGGCUAUAGCGGUAGCAAGUUUCAAGGAAAUUCUAGCUCAUUUCAAGGUCCAAAUCAAGGCGAGAGCUACAAUUCCCCACCUAUUCUUCAAGGCAUGCCGAUUCAAGCUCCAAGUGAACCAAAGAAGCCUAAUUUUGAAGAAUUGAUGGGUGAGUUCCUCAAGGUUCAAACUUCUACCAAUAUGGAGACCAAGCAAAACAUCUCUUCACUAGCUCAAGGGUAUCAAAAUCUACAACAAAGCAUGACUAAAUUAGAGAUACAAAUGGGCCAAAUAGCAACCAAUUUGAGUGAGAGACCAAUGGGAGCUCUUCUUUCCACAACGGAGAAGAACUCGAAGCAUGUAGCCAAGGCUAUUACUACUCUUCGAAGCGGGAGGACAUAUGACAAUAAGGUAUAUUUACCUUCAUCUUCUCAAUCCCCUUUGCAUGUGAAUGCCCCAUUUAAUGCUCCCUCUCCUACUAUAUCACCUUCUCUUGGUAAUUGUGUUUCCCCUUCCACACAUGUUCCCAAGUCUACCUCUCUACAUUCUAAUGAUGGUUAUGUGUUGGUUGAGGAAUAUGAUAGUGAUGAUAGUGAUAUGCAUGAUGGUGCCACGAGGGAAGAAAAUGUACCUCGUGGUAAUUUGAAUAAUGAUUAUUUACAUGCUUUUAAUUCAAAGGAGGAUGGGAACUGGGGGGAAGAAAAUGUACCCCCGGGAAUUGGAGUGGGUGAUGUGGCUUUGAAUGCAAAAGGAAGAAAUAAGGGGGUGGAUAAGGUAGCCGGAGGGGAAGAAAAUGUACCCUCCGGAGGAGUUUCUAAUGUUGACAAGCCUCACACUAGCCGAGCUUCAGUUUCUCCCACUCUUAUUCAAGACAAGACUACAAAUCCUUCUAUUGUGCAACCGAUGGUUUCUAGUGAUGUCGUAGAUCCUAAGAAUGAGAAUUCCAUGGCUCUUGAUAAUUUGGGCGAGGCUAUGAAGGCUAGGGACCCCAAUGAAGCCGUGAGUAACCCUAGGGAUCCAUCAAGUGGUCAAGAAUCUACUCAAGCUCAAAAGCCAAGAAAGGGUCCAAUUUGUGUGCCUCCUCUAGAUAUGACGGAUUAUGAGAUUCCAUUGCCUUAUCCUCAAGUGAAGCGGAAACAAGAGUUCAAGAAGAAGCAAGAAGCACAAACGAAAGAGUUCAUUGAGUUGUUCAAGAAAGUCAACAUCAAUAUCCCUUUGUUGGAAGCCAUAAAGCAAGUGCCUUCUUAUGCUAAGUUUCUAAAGGAUGUGUGCACAAACAAAAGAGCAUUUAAGGAGCAUGAACAAGUUUGUCUAAGUGAGAGUGUAUCGGCUAUUCUUCAAGGAAAAUUGCCUCCUAAACUUAAAGAUCCCGGUAGUUUCAUCGUGCCAUGCACUAUUGGGUCAAGGUUCUUUGACAAGGCGAUGUUGGACUUAGGAGCAAGUAUUAAUUUGAUGCCAUAUGAUAUUUAUCGAACACUUGGUCUUGAUGAUCUUAAGCCUUUAAAAAUUUCAUUGAAAAUGGCAGAUAGGAGUGUUGUCUACCCAAGAGGGAUGCUAGAAGAUGUGCUUGUGAAGAUUGAUUCUCUCUAUGUACCGGCGGAUUUUGUUGUUCUUGACAUGGCUAAGAGUAUUGAUGUUGAGGAGGAUGAAUCUCCCAUAUUGCUUGGUAGAGAAUUUAUGGCCACCACCGAUACCAACAUUAGUGUAAAGAAGGGAAUCUUGACGAUGACCGUUUUUGAUACUACUAUUGGCUUCCGAAUUUUUGAUGCCAUGAGAAGUCCUCUUCACUUAGGUGAGUGUUUUCGGGUAGAUGUGGUUGAUUCCAUGGUGGAGAAGACUUUCAUUGAAACAAGUGCCAAGGAUUCUUUAGUAGCUUCUAUAAUGCAUCAUGGAGAAGAGUUCAAUGACAAAAGUAUUCAAGAAGAUGAUUCCACUAUUGAAGUUGCUAUGCCCACCUCUUCCUCACACACUCCUAUUAGCAUGCUUGAUCUUCAACCGAAGUUGUUGCCGUCUAUUAUUUCUCCUCCUACACUUGAGCUAAAGCCUCUCCUAUCUACUCUCAAGUAUGCAUUUUUGGGACCUAAUGACACAUUGCCGGUGGUUAUCUCUUCCAAGCUUUGUGACGUUGAUGAAGCCAAGUUAUUGAAAGUGUUGAAAGAGCACAAAGGAGCUUUGGGGUGGACUAUAGAAGACAUAAAGGGAAUAUGUGCUAGCAAGUGUAUGCAUCACAUUUACAUGGAGGAAGGUAGCAAGCCCUCUAGAGAUGCUCAAAGAAGACUUAACCCUCCUAUGAUGGAAGUGGUCAAGAAUGAGGUGACAAAGCUUCUAGAUGCCGGUGUGAUUUAUCCUAUUUCGGAUUCAAAAUGGGUUUCUCCUGUACAAGUUGUUCCUAAGAAAGGAGGAAUGACAGUGGUGAAGAAUGACAAAGGAGAAGAUGUUCCUCAAAGGGUGCAAAAUGGUUGGAGGGUAUGCAUAGAUUACCGGAAGUUGAAUAGUGCUACUAGAAAGGACCAUUUCCCUCUACCUUUCAUUGAUCACAUGUUGGAGAGAUUGGCGGGACAUUCCUAUUUUUGGUUCCUAGAUGGCUAUAGUGGAUAUAAUCAAAUUGUGAUUGCUCCUGAAGACCAAGAAAAGACGACUUUCACUUGUCCUUUUGGUACAUUUGCUUAUAGGUGUAUGCCCUUUGGCUUAUGUAAUGCUCCGGCAACCUUCCAAAGAUGUAUGAUGGCUCUAUUUCAUGAUAUGACCGAAAAAUUCAUGGAGAUCUUUAUGGAUGAUUUUUCGGUUCAUGGUAACACUUUUGAUGAUUGCCUACACCAUUUGAGCCUAGUCUUGAAGCGUUGUGAAGAAAGCAAUUUGGUCUUGAAUUGGGAGAAGUGUCAUUUCAUGGUGGAAGAGGGCAUUGUCUUAGGUCAUGUGGUGUCUAAGAGGGGAAUUGAAGUGGACAAAGCAAAAAUUGAAGUCAUUGAAAAGCUACCUCCACCGGUGAAUAUCAAAGGUAUAAGAAGCUUUUUGGGACAUGCCGGCUUUUAUCGAAGAUUUAUUCCAAAUUUUUCCAAGAUAUCCAAGUCUAUGUGAUUUGUUAGCAAAAGAUGCCCCUUGGGACUUCAACGAAGCUUGCCUCAUUGCUUUCAAUGAAAUCAAAAGACUCUUGACUUGUGCUCCUAUUAUGUGUGCUCCCGAUUGGUCACUCCCAUUUGAGUUGAUGUGUGAUGCUUCUG